ACGGAUGAGAAAGAGGUCUGGGGGAGCCAAGGAAGAGGAGCCCGAGUGUGUUUCGCCCCAGGAGGAGCUCACACACACCGCAGACAGCACACACACUCCAGCGGGCACUCAGCACUGUUUCCCUGACAACUAGAAUGGGCUGCAAUUUGUGCACCUUGCAGAAACGGGAGGAACACUACAAACUGCUGUAUGAGAUUGCACAGGUGAAUGCGCGUGACUUCUCCAAGGUUGACCAUGAGGAGGCAGUGGUGGAGGCCAUCAGGCGAGACCCCAUUGUUGUCCAGGUUCUCCGUCGAACCCCCACCAGAGCCACGGCCACGGUUUCACAUAACCACAGCAGCACGCCACAGGAUGUGUGUGUGGUGGAUGUUUGCACGCAAACGGACAUCACCUUCGAGCACAUCAUGGCACUGGCGAAACUUCGGCCUGCUACUCCACCCGUCCCUGACAUCUGUCCCUUCCUUUUGUCCGACAGUUGCCAUUCCAUCCACACCAUGGAACAUGAGUUUUAUGAAUGUCCAGAGUACCUGUCCAAUACCCCAGCUGAGGUGGAGAGGACUGAGGAGUAUGAGUAUGAGGAGGUGGAGCUGUGUAGGCAGAACAGCCAAGAGAAGCUUGGCUUGACGCUGUGCUACAGGACUGACGAUGAGGAGGACAGCGGCAUCUAUGUGAGCCAGGUGGAGCCAAACAGUAUAGCAGCGAGAGAUGGACGCAUCAAAGAAGGAGAUCGUAUUCUACAGAUUAAUGGCUGUGAAGUGCAAGACAGAGAGAAAGCUGUUGCCUUGCUGUCAAGUGAAGACGCAAGGAGCAUCAUACUGCUGGUGACAAGACCAGAAAUGCAGCUGGAGGAGGAGGUAUGGCUGGAUGAUGAGCAACAGGAGCUCGUGGAGGAGCUGAAGAUGGAGAUCCUGGAGGAGAGGAGGAAGCAGAAGGAGCGUAACUUUGACAGGGGGGAUGAGCAUCAAGCUGAAGAAGACAUGACAACAGACACAGCUACCUGUUCCUCCAAUCAAGACAAAGACAGUGGGUUUGGACGCAGUACAGAUAGUCCAGAGCACCAACCCCUGCUAGCUAGACUUCACAGGAGGAACCCAGCCCGUUGCCUGAGGGACCGAUGGCGGGCAGAGCAUCCACACACAAGACAAGCAACUGUAGUGCCACAGGACAAAGGUCAAAGUCAUGAAGGGGUAGUCAGUAUUCGCAAUGGUGGAGGUGGCGUCCUAGGUUUAGAGAAUCGCUUCCAGCAACUCUUGGAGCUCAAGUGUCAAAUUCGGAAUGGAGGCGAAUGUGGGGUAUACUCCAUUCGACACAGUAUAGAGUGUAGUCUCACUGAGCAAGGAGGAGGGGAUGGAGAUGGCGUAGAUGGUGUUGGAGGAGAGAAUGGAAUGGAGCAGGAGUUGAGGAUGUUAAAUGAGGAACUGCGCAGCAUUGAGCUUGAGUGCCAGAGCAUUAUGCAGGCGCAUCAGCUUCGCCAGAGCCACCACCUGGACCCCUCACAACCCACAUCCUGCUCACCAGGCUGGAGCCCCAAAGACGGACACAAACGACACGGCAGGUUGGCCGACAUCCACGAAUACCCGGAGAGGUCGGACAGUGAUAAGAUCCGAGAGAAGGACAGCUCCAGUGCCUACAAUACAGCGGAGAGUGCGCGGUCGACACCGCUAGGUAUGGAGAGAUCUCCUGAUCAUUCUCUACAGAGACACAUCAGCAUCACCAACCAGAAAAACCUGAGACUGGCUUCCUCCACACCGUCCAGCCCCAUUCCCAUCCCCAAGCCGCAGGGUACAUCCAGUUGUAGCAGACCAGCAGACCCAGGCUCUGUUAUCUCCAGCAGCCCAGACCAGAGCAACCCUUCCCGGUCUGAGUCAGAUCCUGCCCUGCCUGCAGAUGAUGAGAGGUGUGAAAAGAAAGGGAGGACUAGAGAUUCCAGAAGGGGGCUUUCCUAUGGUUCUUCAUAUCAGACAACCCCCUAUCAAGGCCAGGGAGGAUCCAGGCAGCUUCAGAGCUAUGUGCACCUGCUGCAACAGCACUCAUCCCUGGAAUAUUCCCAGAGCCAACUGAGUCUACUCAGUCUCUGUCGAGAUCCUGUGCACCGAAGCGGACGCCCUGGGGAACCCCGUCUAGAGUGGAAGGUUAAAGUUCGUGCUGACGGCACACGCUAUGUGGCCCGGCGGCCAGCUCGUGACCGUAUCCUGAGGGAGCGGGCACUAAGGAUCAGAGAAGAGAGGAGCGGAGGCAUGACCACAGAUGAUGAUGCUAUGAGUGAGAUGAAGAUGGGUCGCUACUGGAGCAAAGAGGAGAGGAAGCAGCACUUGGCACGGGCUAGGGAGCAAAGGAAGAGGAGGGAGUUCAUGCAAAAGAGCCGCCUUGAGUGUCUAAAGGAGGGGCCCGCCAGUGGAGCUGAGGGCAGGAAGGAGAUCAAUAUUUUGGAGCUCAGUCACAAAAAGAUGAUGAAGAAACGAAACAAAAAGAUCCUGGAUAACUGGAUGACCAUCCAGGAGCUGAUGAGCCAUGGGGCUAGAGUCCCAGAAGGCUCCAAAGUACAUAAUGCCUUCCUGUCUGUCACAACUGUGUAGUUGACACAUACAUUACUGCGUACUUUUAAGUACUGAACA